AUGUCUGGACCGGAGAUUUUAAACGGACAAAAUUUGGAUCUAUGUGAGGUAGAAGCAAAAGAGGCAAAAAAAUGUCCUCACAUCAAAGAUAAAGAGGAAAAUUUGGAUGACAGUUUUGGAGAAGAUAGCAUAGCGGUACGGUUAAUUGAAGAUUAUUUGGAAGGCAAAGUAACGUCGUUGAUCGACUUGAGUCAACUUUUAAAAGAAGAGGCAGGACUUGUAAUUUCGAAGUCAACUCUUGCAAGAAGACUCAAAGGAAAGGUCAAUGCGAAAGUGCGUCGCAAGCGAGGAUAUCAACAACGAAGAGCUGAGGAAGAGGAUAUUGAUGACCAAGAAGCAUAUACAUAUAGCUACUCGCUGUCGCGAAAUUUGAAUGAAACAAUCGUGACAGUUCCAGUAGAUGAUGAAUAUGUGCGGCAGUAUGCUUUAGUUCGAGUGGCAGGUGAUGGGAGGAAGCGUUAUUAUCGUUGUAACCAAUGCCUCAAGUUUCGUAAGGCGGAUAAAAGUGCACCGCAAGCGUAUCUCAUUAUGGAAAAUGGUCGUAUUGUUGGUACCAAGCAUCAUCGCCAUCAUCCUGAUUGUAAACCAACUAGGCGAAUUGAAGCGACCACAACUAGUUUGGAUCGUGCGAAUCGUAAGGACAUACGUAUUGGCCUCAAAACUCCGAAAGCUGCGUACGCUGAAGGUUUCUAUAGGGCAAUUGAUCUUGCCUGUACUGAAGGCUCUUCAACGAGUAACAUACUGCCGAAAAUUUAUCCAUCAUGGAGUCGUGUACGCAAAUCAUACUUCCGUCAGAAUCGUUUAGGUCGUAUUGAUCGAGCUAAUAAAGGUUUCACAUCCGAUGGUACUGUUCGUUCUGGACAACAUCCAAAUGGAAUGGACGACACUAUGUUGUACUCGUAUGGUGAGAUUGGUGAUGGUGACUUUGUAGUAUUCGAUAGUGAGGACAUACCAGAAGGUUAUGAACCUGUACCUGUUGAAGAACUUGAAGAAGCGGCUCGAAAUGGUGUGCUUGAUGAUAGUUGGAUAGUAAAUGCUAAAGAUGAAAACAUGAAAGCUGAUUUGCGUGGUGCAUGGAGACCCAUAGGGGUGAGACCUGAUGUAGAACACAAAAAUUUACAUGGUUCUAGUCAAAAUGAACAAAGAUUUGAAGAAUUUCAGUCUCAGCCACCUUUGAAAAAAGUUCGACUUGAAGAUAACAUGGAUGAACAUCAAGAUUUCAUUGAAACUGGAGAGUCUGGGAACGAAAACUCACCCAUUCAUGAAUAUGCUCAUGAUGGCACUGUAUUAGAUUUCACAGAAUUCACAACUAAAGAAGAAAGACGUAGAAUUUCACAAAAUUUAGUGGAAGAACUCCGGUCAAGUUCUAACUUCAAACGUGUGAGGCCAGCGAGAGCAUCAGCAUCGGAAUUAGACGAGGAAUGCGAUACUUGGUGCUAUAUGCCAUGCAAUUCGGAAGGUGAGAUCGUGGUUUAUUCUUCAGAUAAAGUUCAUUUAAUUGAAAAUCUGGAAGGAGAUUUGGAAAUCGCUUUUGACCCUGAUAUGGAACUCGAUGUAAUCAUUAAAAAUUUGAAACCACAUGGAGUUUUAUCAACCGAUUUUGUCUUGUAA